AUGGGUCCUGUUUGGCUUCUUCUCCUGCUUCCAUCCCUCCUCAGAGCGCAGGUGACUCCAGACUUCCCAUCAGGAGUUACUUUGGACGUGGCCAACAGCACUGACUCUUUAACAAACACUACAGGGAUUCCAGAAAUCAGCACCAGCCCCUCAGGUUCCACCAGCCCCACAGAGCCUUCUCAGUUUGCAGUGAUGACUUCUGAAGCUCCCACAGAAGAGGUGGAAGACUGGUCACCAGCAGAGACCUUCUUGUACACUGGGGACCCUUCCACUCUGGAGGUGGCCCGCUGUUCAAGGGCAUACAGCUCCCCUGGGCAGACCGGUACCCUGCCCAUCAGCUUCAGUGCCCCCCUACGCCCAGCUCUGGACGCGCUGGCCAACACUGCCAACUUCCUCAACAUGAUCUUCCAAGCCAGUGACUUGCGGGAGAGCACAGUUCAGGAGGAUAUGGAGUGGUACCAUGCCCUGGUCCGCGCCCUUCUGGAGGCUGACAUGCUAAUCCAGCGGGCCCUGCUUACCUUCGACGCUGACCCAACUGCUCUGGUGCCACAACUGGUCCUCCAUGCCACCCGCAGCCCAACUGCCAAGGUGCAGACAAUCAUCCUCCAGGAUUUGUCCAAGGCCUGGGAAACCCUGCACCCGCCGGCCCCGGCCCCGGACGACAGCUGGUUCAGAAGAUUUAAAUUUCCAGAGUCCAACCAGCCCAUAGCUGCCCUGUCCAAGCGGGUGCUCCUCAACGAUCUCGACACCUUGGACACGCCUAAGUGGGGGCAGGGCGACAGCUACGUGACCAAUCGCAGUGGGGUACGCUGGGCCAGUGCCCCGUUUUUGGACUGUAAGGAUGGACGCUUUGUGCCUGGCUGGAUGCUCACCCUGUCCACCUCCUUCUACGGCCUCAAACCUGACCUGACACCAGAGUUCAGAGGUGUGGUCCGAGUAGACGUCAACAUUCAGAACAUUGACUUGGACCAGUGUGCAACAGGGGACGGCUGGUUCGCUGAUACUCACCAGUGCAAUCGCACCAGCAUGGAGUGCAUGCCCAUUCCAGGCCAGGGGUUUCGACUUGGUCAGUACUGCUGCCGCUGUAAAGAGGGAUACUACAACCCAGAGAUCUUACCAGAGGACGCCGAUGGAGGCCCUGUGAACAGGAGCGAUGGCGGCGCUAUGUGUUUCCCGAACAUGCCCAUCUGUCUCCCAUGCUGGCCAGGCUGCAAGAGCUGUCAGGACGGCGCCCCCUGCUGGGUGCAGGAGGACUGGCUCCUUAGGACCGGCGUGCUGGCCGUCCAGGGGGUCUUCAUGCUCCUCAUCUUUGUCAGCAUGCUGGUGGCCUACCGGCAUCGUCGGAACCGGAGGAUCCGGGCGUCCGGCCUCCUGCUGCUGGAGACCAUCCUGUUCGGCUCCCUGCUCCUCUACUUCCCGGUCUUCAUUCUGUACUUCAAGCCGAGCACCUUCAGGUGUAUUCUGCUCCGCUGGGUUCGAAUGCUCGGUUUCUCCAUCGUCUACGGCACGGUCACGCUGAAGAUGUACAGGGUUCUGAAGGUGUUCCUCUCGCGCACGGCUCAGAGAGUGCCCUACAUGUCCAGCCUCCACUUGCUGAGGAUUCUGGGAGUGAUGCUGAUGACAGUCAGCUGGUUUUUGUGUGCGUGGACGGUGGGUGUCCUGCAGAACCGCGACAGGAACAUUCCGGUGUUCGUCACCACCACCACGACGGACGGACAGGGCUUCAACCUGUGUUACCUGGACCGCUGGGACUACAUGAUGGCCGUGGCGGAGCUUCUGUUCCUGUGCUGGGGCAGUUCCUUGUGGACCGCCGUCAGGCCGGUCCCCUCAGCCUUCCAUGAACCUCGCUACAUGGGCAUCGCCAUCCACAACGAGCUGCUUCUCUCCUCCAUGUUCCACUUGUUCCGGUUCACAUUUCCGUCUCUCCACCCUGAUUGGAUGCUGCUGCUCUCCUUCAUGCACACCCAUGUCACCAUCACCGUGACUCUUGCCCUGCUCUUCAUUCCCAAGUUCCUCUAUGUGUCUAAGCCUGGAAGAGAGGAGAUUGCAGCAGAAGUUUAUGAAGAUGAAGUGGAUCUGCGGCGCUCUGGAUCGUACCUCAACAGCAGUUUUCACUCCGCUUGGAGUGAGCACAGUGUGGACCCAGAUGACUUUCGGGAUGAACUGAAGAAGUUAUAUGCCCAGUUAGAAGUCCACAAGACAAAGAAGAUGACUGCAAACAACCCUCAUCUCUCAAAGAAGCGAAGUUCUCGAUGUGCGCUGGGGAGAUCCAUUAUUAAACGCAUUGCUGAAAUCCCAGAAACCAUGAGUCGCCAGUGCAGUCGUGAGGAGAAAGAUGGAUCCUUCCACAGCAGAAGUGGUCUUCAUUCUGACUCUUUCAGGAGGACCCCAGAUAGUGUCAGUAUCAGUUACAGAAGUUCAAUGAAAUCACCAUCACCAUCACCAUCACCAUCCAUCCGCAAGUCCCAAAGUGAUUAUCACUAUGUCAGGGAAAGAGAGUCUUCCUUGCGCGACUCCAUGCUAAAGGCCAAUUCUGUGAAGAGAUCCUCCCAGCGAUCUGAGACAGACUCCUUGGAUAUUCCAGCUGGAGUCUGUAAGUCAGCUAGUGCCCAGAAUCUGACAAUUGAUACCAAUCUUCUGCAUCCUGAUCACACCAGGCUUCAUAAAUCUUGGAGCCUAACCUCGACUACCGCCCAUUCCAUGGAGAACAUACCCAAGGUUUCCAGAGCUAGCACAGUGCGGUCAAGGCAGAGCCUCUCCAUAGGUGACCAGACCAGGAGUGCUCUCCAGUCAGAAUCAUUUGACAAGGCCGAGGUCUGUCCUUGGGAAGUAGAGCAAGAACAAUCAGGCGACAAGAACCAGAAGCAUGUCACAUACGCAAACUCUGACGAUGAUGAAGUCAAAGAGCCAGCAUCCCCACAGGCACUUGUCUGUCCCUGGGACCAUGCACCACCUGUCGAAAAGACCCCUUCUGUGGACAAGGGAGUACAAGGUGAAAAUGAGUCACCAAAACCUCAGAGUCCCGUGUCUGCAAGUGCACCAGGCUCUCCUAGACCAAAGAUCACAAAGGAUCAGCGUGUCUUCUCCUUCCGUACCACCACCACUAAGUGGCUCUCUGUGAAAUCAUUCAUGGGAUCCAUGGAUGCAGCUAGCAAGUCCAGUAAGGAUGGUAACUUAAAUAAAGAUGAUUCUGUUUCACAAAAAAGCCAGGAAAGCGCUUCCACAACACCAAGGUCAGGAACAUCAAGUAGACGUCCAAGUGUGGAAAAGAGGUCACUACAGAAGAGAAGUAUGACAACAGGAGACGGAAAGCCGUCCCUUGUGAAGCAGAAUGCAAUCAGACUGUCCUCUGGGGAUUCCUCUGACAGAAGCCCACGGAGGCUUGUCAUCGUAAAAUCUGCCAUCUACCCAUGUGAAGUGGAUGACAUGCAAAAAGAUGGCACCUACGAAAAUGUGUUUUUAUCAAGGCAGAACAGCAAAUGUAGUAGCAUAGGUUCUUGGGAGACUUCCAGCAGCUCCAGAACUCCUUCGACCCAUAGAAGAGGUAGUAAUCGAAUUACACCAGCUCGCAAUGUUUCUGCCUCAGAUGUGUGUCCAUGGGAUGGAGCCGCUUCUUUACAGCAAGGAGGGGGACCAAAGAAGCAGCAGAGCAUUAAAGCAGAUGUCUGUCCUUGGGAAUCACAGGUACCUGAACGACCUAAUGUAUGCCCAUGGGAAUCUCAAGAACAAGGGACUGUGAGAAGACAAGAAAGCGGUCGUGGUGCAGUGUGUCCUUGGGAAUCACAGGAUAUUCCUGUUAGUUCUAAUACUACCCUGGCCAAAGAUUCACAGACUCAACAAUCUUUGAAACGUGUAGCAGAUGUAUGUCCCUGGGAAACUGCAGAAACUCCCCAAACUUCAGUAAGACAGGAUAAUGAAUAUGCUAACGUUUGCCCCUGGGAUGUUCAGGACAAAGUGGAAGUUGUAUAUGAAAACCUAAAUCCUCUGCAACACAAGGGACAAGGGACUCUGUCGGUGCCCUUUCAACAAGAAGUUAUGAAAGCUGCCAUCUAUCCUGGUGCAUCAAAAGAAAUGUUAAGUGAUCAGCAUCAAUUCCAAGCAAUGUCACCUGCCCUUACUUGGGGUAAACAAGUCACUAAAACAGCAGAAAGUUGUCCAUGGGAGUUUCCUGACCCUCCAAAAAUCCUGGAAGAUCUUUGCCUAUCUGAAGAAGGAAGCAUUGAGCAAACAAAUACAGAGUCAACUUCACAAAUGACAAUCAAGGUUGAUAUUUGUCCCUGGGAGGGUGAACCACAGGAUAAACCAGAAGACUCAGAAAAAGGUUCCACAACCUUGAAAGGUGCUGGCAUACAAACUGAAGGGAAAGACAACACAAAAGUAAACAUAUGCCCUUGGGAAACUGAGAUUCCUGAAAAAACUGCAGCUAAUAAAACAGUAUCACAAGAACUAAAAAGACCAGCUGAUGUUUGCCCAUGGGAAACUGAAGAACCUGCAACACCACAGACCCCCAAAACAUCAGAGAGUCACAUAAGACAAGACACGGCUCGGACAAAUGUGUGUCCUUGGGAGACAGAGGAAACAGGAACAGUCAAAACUGAAGCAUCAAAACCAUCAGAGAAGCUGCAAAGACAGAACAAUUCCCGGGAAGAUGUUUGUCCAUGGGACACGGAAGCCCCAAAAGUUCUACAAAAGCAAGACAGUGCUCGGGCAGAUGUUUGUCCAUGGGACACAGAAGCCCCAAAAGUUCUACAAAAGCAAGAUAGUGCUCGGGCAAAUGUUUGUCCAUGGGACACAGAAGCCCCAAAAGUCCUACAAAAGCAAGACAACAGUGCACGGGCAGAUGUUUGUCCAUGGGAGACAGAAGAACCAAAAGUUCUUAAAAAGCAAGACAGCACUCUGGCAGAUGUUUGCCCAUGGGAAACAAAAGACAAUAAAGUUCUGACAAAGCAAGACAGUCCUCGGGCAGACGUUUGUCCAUGGGAGACAGAAGAACCAAAAAUUCUGAAAAAGCAAGAUAGUGCUCGGACAAAUCUUUGCCCCUGGGAGACAGACGACCCAAAAAUUCUCCAAGAGCAAGACAGUGCUCGGGCAAAUGUUUGUCCCUGGGAGACAGAAGACCCAAAAAUUCUCAAAGAGCAAGAUAGUGCUCGGGCAGAUGUUUGUCCAUGGGAUAGCAAAGAAUUGGUCGAAAAGCAAGACGAUGCUGGAGCAGAUGGAGACAAAGACAAAGCCGAUACUCCCACUAACAAAGAUGUCAUAGAAAAUCAAGGAUUUGAAGAAUCAAGGCUCAUGUCUGCUGAAGAGACUCCAGCAGACAUGAGCAUGGAGCAGACAGAUGAGUCUAAAGCAAACUUAGCCCUAGGCCGACGUGAUGCUUUGUGUCCUUGGGAGAUGGUAAGGAGCAGAUCUGGCUCAUUUACAGACAAUGCCUCAGACGUCUUUACAUGGGAACCUGAGAAUAUUCCAGAAGAAGAUGAAGAGGACGAUGCAGAGUGUGCUGCUGAGGCUCUUGUAUUCCCACCUGACUUGUGA